AUGGAAGAUCCACCCACGGAACGACCUCCAGAAAAGAGCAAGUCAUAUGGACUUGCAUGCACGUCCAAAGCCAGACUGGAAAAUCACAUGUUUGCACACUGUCACAAUGAGUCUGAAAAGUGUCAUGCUACUCCUCCACCAAAUGUUCAGAUGGGAGAGGAGGGCUUUGGGUGCGACGUGUGUCCCUCUGCAUUCUCCCAGUCUGUUAGUCACGAGGACCACGUGUCGAAGCGUACUGAUGAGAAGACAUACAGGUGCGAUCUCUGUCCUGCAGAGGUCAACCGGAAUGCGCAUCUACGGCUUCACAAGCGGACAGACAAGGGGGAGAAGCCAUACAAGUGGGAUGUCUGCCCUGCAAAGUCCAGCUGGAGCAGUGACCUGCAGCACCAUAAGAGGACACACACCGGUGAGAAGCCAUACAAGUGA